UGGUUUUCUCCAGUUCGAUUUUGGCUGCAUUCUUCGUGAGGUUCUUGUUGUUCUCGAAUAAUUCCAGAAUCUGUUGAUCCUGUUCCGGUGUCGUUUUCCGCUUGCAGCCCAUUUGUCGAGGAUUGGCAGGUUCUCCUGAUUCGGGGUCGAAAUUUUUCAUGAUGUAACAAACCCAACGCUUGCUAUGACCAAACAUAGCUCCGAUGGUAGUGUAGCUUUCCUUCUGAGAUUGGAGCCGAUGUACAAGCUUGGCAACUUCUGGACUUAUACACUUCCUCUUUCCCAUGAUGUUACAGUAUUGUUAAUAAAUGGGGCGCCGGCCAGUGGCCAUACGAAAUUUUCAAGGAUGAGUGACGGUACGAAACUUUUCGUUACAGGGGAGUAACCACUUUAAUGGCAACAGCGCGAGGAACCCCCUGAGUUAUUUAUUAGUCAUAAAUAUUCCGACACCCGUGUCCGCCGUAUGUGUAGUUGUGUACAGGCGAAGUCGAAGUAUAGUUCCCAGCGACACCGACUUAAAGCGCAACAUGCAACAGGACUUUGACUCAUAACGUUUUUUUCUCACUUUUUGGCGAUAAAGUGGUAUACCUGGAGCCAGGAGGGAUCACAUUCACAGCCAUAAAUAACUGUUCGACGACGGGCCGUUAAUUCGUGUAACUUUAUUACCUGGACGCCAUAAUAGCCACUAAACGCAUGAAAGGAUGAAAUCUUGAUUGCGGAGGCCCUACAAACUUGAGGGAAAACGGUCAGUUCUUAUUGACGCUGGGAUUAUUGUGUUAACAAGGCAGUAUUAAACCAUGGCGGAUGAUCUGGAUGACGGUGAGCCUAUCGAAGGGCUUAGCUUUUGGGAGCCAGGCGGCUACAAACGGACAACAAAGCGAAUAGCCGACGGCUAUCAGCUCUGCAAUGAUCUGGUUGAGAUGGUUCAGGAGCGUUGUGAAAUUGAAGCAAAGUAUGCUGCAUACAUGAAAAAUUGGUCGAAAAAAUGGAAUGCGCAGAUCGAUAAAGGCCCGGAAUAUGGAUCGAUGGUGGGCGCGUGGAAAGCGGUUUUAACUGCUGCUGAUCGGGAUGCGGACGAACAUUUGAGUGUUAAAGAAAACCUUAUUAAUACUGUGCAGGCUGAGGUUAAACGCUGGCAGAAGGAUAACUUCCAUAAAGGUAUGAUGUCCCUACAUUUUAAGGAAAAGAAAGACAUUGACGAGGAAUUCAAAAAGGCCCAAAAACCGUGGAUCAAAAAACUGAAGAUCGUUGAAAAAUAUAAGGCGGAAUAUCACAAUAUUUGCCAGAAGGAGCAAUCGGCAAUUGUUAGAGAUAAGAACUCAAAGGGCGACCCGGCUAUUUCCGAAGAUCAGCGCCAGAAAAUUGCUGAUGAAGUUGCAAAAUUGAGCAAUCUAAAGAUGAGCGCCAAAGCCAGUUACGAGGAUGCUCUUCGCGAUUUAAAUAGCUACAAUCCACGAUAUAUGGAGGAUAUGAAGCAGGUGUACAGUAAAUGUCAAGAUAUGGAGAAUCGCCGACUUGAGUUCUUCCGGGAAAGAUUGCUGUCCAUACAUCAUAUAGUGGACUUGUCCAAUGACAUGCAAUUGAAGCAGAUUUUUGUGGAUUACGUAAUGGGAGUUGAAGCUGCAAAUGCUAAAAACGAUUUGAAAUGGUGGGAUAUCCAGCGAGGCACCGAUAUGCCUAUGAAUUGGCCCGAAUUUGAAGAAUGGAGCCCGCGGUUGGCCGAAAUUAGCAGCAAAAAUCGUUUUGGUCUGAAAAAUGGAGACUCUUCUACAAUAUCGGGAGGCACAUUUAGAAAGAAACCUGAAGAAUCCAUGUCCACGACAUCUGUCAGCCAGACAGCGUCGACGAUCGGCACCGCUAGGCUGAACGGUGAUGCAGCUGUACAGCAACGCAGCAUGACUGCGAGCCGUGAGAGCAUAAAUCGGCAUUCCAACUCGAGGGAAUCUCUUACUUCUACUAAUCCGUUCGGCGAUGAAGACGAUGAUGAUCAAGAUGGUGCCAGGCAGGCGCCUCAGAGAGAGGGGGGACAAGUUUCUAGAAUUACUCCAGUGGCGCCGAGACGUGGGACCAAAACGAACCUGAUUGAGAAGUAUAUUGCUCCUGUGGAAUUCCGGCCUAGUAAUCAAACAUUACACCAAAUACUCGAAAGAGAAAAUGUGUCAUCACCGGUUAUGCCUGCAGCCGUAAGCUUCUCCAAGUUGACUGAGGAAACUCGCGCAGCAGAAGAAUAUAAUCCUUUCGAUGAUGAGGACGAUGCACCGGAGCCCACCCCAGUGAUUUCCCAUUCAAAAGAAAUUAUGAAUGCCAGCACGGAGAAAGAAUAUAUAGCGGUGCUUUCAAAAUGAAUCCUGUAGAUCGAUCUGUUGCCUCCUUUUUCUUCGCUGCACAAACAAAAUGUGUAACUUGCUCUGUGUUACGAUGACAUGUUAUUUACAUUUUGAGUGUGCCCUCGGUUGACACAGUGUAGCGUUAAGAUUGCUUUUGCUGGUAUCGAAUAUAUCGAUCAUGCGUGAACAGCAUUCAAGGUGAUUUUUUUCCCGGUGG